AGGAAAAGAUUCUCAAAGUGGGACAGUGCCACCCCGUCACAUGAGAAGAGGUCACAAAUUUCGUAACCAAGAAAUUUAAACGUCUUACUGGAUGGUUAUUAUAUAUAGUAACUGAAGUGCGUCUUCUUGUAUUAGAAGAUCCCUCUCUAAUAUAGACGCCAUGUUGCUGGUCGUAACAGGAAUUGGGGUUUUGGUGUAUUUGCAGAUCUCUCUGAAUUUAAAUUCUCAGUGCAGCGCACAAACCCUUCAAGACGACAGUGGGGUAUUUUAUGGACAGUUUCCCGAUGGCUUCAUUUGGAGUGCUGCCACUGCCGCGUACCAAGUGGAAGGUGCCUGGAACGAAGAUGGCAGAGGACCGAGCAUCUGGGACACGUAUUCACAUAUUAAAGGAAACAUAGAAAAUAAUGACACUGGUGAUGUGGCGUGUGACAGUUAUCAUAAUUACCAACAAGAUGUAGAUCUUCUAAAAGAACUAGGGGUUUCCCACUACAGAUUUUCUAUAUCCUGGUCUCGUAUUUACCCACUGGGCACCACAGAGAUGUUAAACCAGCGCGGAGUGGACUAUUAUCACAGACUAAUUAACGCACUGUUGGCGGCUAACAUUGAACCAAUGGUGACCCUCUAUCACUGGGAUCUACCACAAGCUCUGGAGGACGAAGGGGGAUGGCUGAACGAAUCUAUCGUUCAGCAUUUCCAAAAUUACGCAGAUCUAUGUUUCAGAGAAUAUGGUUCGAAGGUCAAAGUCUGGAUCACGUUUAACGAACCAUGGAUAAUUUCUUGGAAAGGCUAUGGUAGUGGCGAAUUUGCGCCUGGUAAAAGCGACAGUCCUGGAACUCAUCCUUACAUUGCAACUCAUAACAUUCUAAAAGCACAUGCAAAAGCCUACAGAACAUACGAAACUAACUAUAAAGCUAAACAAAAUGGCACAGUUGGUAUAGUGCUGAAUAUUCACUGGGCCGAACCUAAGAACUCGGAUGACGCCAGUCACGUGACAGCCUCUGAGACAAUGAUGCAGUUUGACUUUGGAUGGUUUGCCAAUCCUAUAUUUGUGGACGGUUCAUAUCCCAACGUUAUGGUCGAGAAAAUAGGAAAUAAAAGUGCAGCCCAGGGUCUUUCCUCCUCUAGACUUCCCGAAUUCACAGACGACGAGAAAAAAGAGAUCAAAGGGUCUGCGGAUUUUGUCGGAAUUAAUUUUUACACAUCUUCACAAGUAUUUCCUUUUCAAUUUCGUGUGGAUGACGUCAGCUACCAAUCAGACAAAGAUGCCGAUUUUGAUCUGGACCCGAGCUGGCCGGGAUCUGGAUCAAGUUGGUUAAAGGUUACGCCAUUCGCUAUUCGAAAACAGCUGAAAUGGAUUAAAGACCGCUACAACAAUGUCCCUGUGUACGUCACAGAAAAUGGAGUGUCGGACAGAAACGGUUCACUAGUGGACAUCCAUCGAAUUAAUUAUUACAGGGCAUAUAUCAACGAAGUUUUGAAAGCUAUUAGGCGAGAUGGAUGUAAUGUCUUGGGAUACACAGCAUGGUCUCUUCUGGAUAACUUUGAGUGGAACAAAGGGUAUGCUGAGAAGUUCGGAUUGCAUUAUGUAGAUUUCAAUGACCCCAAUAGGAAACGCACCCCAAAAGCGUCGGCAAGAUUCUACAAACAAGUCAUCGAGGAGAAUGGUUUUAAACCUGGUUACCCUGGGAAGGGAGGGCGUGGACUUGCCCCGGAACACGAGGAGGGAAUUUACUACGACUUGUUUCCUGAGGAAUUUGUAUGGAGCUCAGCCACAGCGGCUUAUCAGGUGGAAGGAGCAUGGAAUGAAGCCGGAAAAGGGCCGAGUAUCUGGGAUGUAAAAGCUCAUGAAAAAGAUUACAUCAACAACAAUGACAAUGGUGACGUGGCAUGCGACAGUUACCAUAGAUACAAGGAGGAUGUCCGUCUGUUGAAGGACUUAGGGGUUUCGCACUAUCGAUUCUCUAUCUCGUGGCCACGUAUCUUUCCUAACGGCACAAAAGAAAGUAAAAAUGAAAAGGGUGUGCAGUAUUAUCACAACCUUAUAAAUGAACUGCAAAAGGCAAAAAUAAAACCAAUGAUUACCUUGUACCAUUGGGAUCUGCCCCAGGCCCUAGAGGAGAACGAGGGAGGGUGGAUGAACGAGUCCAUCGUUAACCGCUUCCGCGACUACGCCGACUUCUGCUUCAAGGAGUACGGGGACAAAGUCAAGUUGUGGUUAACAUUUAACGAACCCUGGAUAGUAUCCUGGCUGGGGUACGGUGUGGCAAGUUUUGCGCCAAAUAAAUACGGACCGGGAACAAAUACGUACAUUGUGUCACACAACCUUAUAAAGUCACAUGUAGCAGUGUACCAUCUUUACAAUGACACUUACAAAGGGACACAAGGAGGAGCUGUUGGGAUCACUUUAAACGUUGGCUGGGCGGAACCCGAAGAUCCCUACAAUCCCGAUCACCUAGAGGCCUCCGAAAGGGAUAUACUUUUCAACUUUGGAUGGUUUGCUCAUCCCGUUGUGCAUGGCAACUAUCCGCAAGUUAUGAUUGAUAGAGUUCGAGAGAAAAGUAGACUACAAAAACUUAAUGAAAGUAGACUUCCAGAAUUUACCAAAGAAGAGCAGCGAUCUAUGAAAGGUGCUACUGAUUUUUUGGGGAUGAACUUCUAUACCUCUAGCAUUGUCUAUCCAAAUGACGUCAGACUUGAUAUCAGCUAUGACGCGGAUAAAGGAACCGGGGGUAAAUCAGAUCCAUCUUGGGUCGGAUCUGGUUCUGGAUGGUUGAAAGUAACUCCGUUUGGCCUACGAAAAAUGUUGAACUGGGUAAAUGUGCACUACAACAAUAUGCCCGUGUACGUCACUGAGAAUGGUAUAUCGGACAAAAACGGAUCUCUGACGGAUUUCCAUAGGAUUCAUUAUUAUAGAACCUAUAUAAACGAGAUGCUAAAGGCUAUUAAGCUGGAUGGGUGCAAUGUGAAAGGAUACACCGCGUGGUCUUUGAUGGAUAAUCUGGAAUGGCGGUCGGGAUACUCAGAACGUUUCGGACUUCAUUAUGUUGAUUUCAACGAUAAAAACAGGACAAGAACUCCGAAGGCGUCAGCUCGAUUUUACAAACAACUGAUCGCUGAAAAUGGUUUCAAACCGGGAUAUUCAAGCAUCGGAGGGCGCGGCACAGCUCCCGCGUUAGAGAGCGAGUUUUUUUAUGACACUUUUCCUGAGGAUUUUGUCUGGAGCACAGCUACUGCUGCAUAUCAAGUAGAGGGAGCAUGGAAUGAAGAUGGUCGAGGACCAAGCAUCUGGGAUACAUUUGCUCAUAAACCUAAUGUGAUGGACAACAACGCAACAGGCGAUAUAGCAUGCGAUAGCUACCACAAGUAUGAAAAAGAUGUGCAAUUACUUAAAAAUCUUGGGGUAUCACACUAUCGAUUCUCCAUCUCGUGGUCCAGAGUUCUACCAGACGGAACGACCUCAUAUGUUAACGAGCGAGGAGUACAAUAUUAUAACAACUUGAUUAAUGAGUUACUUAGAAAUAAUAUCCAGCCAAUGGUGACUUUGUACCACUGGGAUCUACCCCAGGCUCUUGAAAAUAAGGGCGGGUGGCUCAAUGAAACAAUGGUGGAUUAUUUCCAGCGUUAUGCUGAAUUUUGCUUCAAGAGGUUUGGAGAUAGGGUGAAGUUAUGGAUAUCUUUCAAUGAACCAUGGAUUGUAUCUUGGCUUGGAUACGGUGUAUCUACGUUUGCCCCGGCCAAAUGGGGACCAGGAACCAACACUUACAUCGUUUCUCACAACCUAAUAAAAUCACACGCCAAGGCAUUUCAUACUUAUAAUGAUACUUACCGAGCUACGCAGAAUGGUCAGUUUGGAAUAACAUUGAAUGUUGGGUGGUCAGAGCCGGAUGAUCCUUUUAAUCCGGAUCACUUGGAAGCCUCAGAACGGGCGCUGCAAUUCGACUUUGGGUGGUUUGCUCACCCAAUUGUUAUCGAUGGAAACUAUCCACAGGUGAUGCUUGAUAAAGUUGCAUACAAAAGCAAGAUUCAAAAUUAUUCAAGCACCAGACUAACACCAUUCACAGAAGAGGAGCAACGUUUGAUCAAAGGUACCACGGACUUCUUGGGUUUGAAUUUCUACACGUCUUCUGUGGUAUACCCAGAAGACAAAGGAUUCACUGAUAUAAGCUAUGAUGCAGAUAAAGACGUCGGAGGGCGACAAGAGUCUAGCUGGCUGGGGUCGGGUUCUGGAUGGUUGAAAGUCACGCCCUUUGGAUUGCGUAAAAUACUGAAUUGGAUCAGAAAUAGUUACAAAAACAUGCCAGUGUAUGUGACAGAAAAUGGUGUUUCCGACCGGAAUGGAUCACUUGUAGACUACCAUAGGAUACAUUAUUACAGAUCGUAUAUAAAUGAGAUGCUCAAAGCUGUCAAUCUGGAUAAAUGCAAUGUGAAAGGAUACACUGCCUGGUCCCUCAUGGACAACCUAGAAUGGCGGGCAGGCUACUCGGAAAAGUUUGGCUUACACUACGUAAACUUCAGCGACCCAAGUAGACCCCGGACAGGAAAACUCUCUGCGGAAUUUUUCAAACAAGUUGUGAAUGACAACGGGUUUCUGGAAAACUCCCUUACCUCGCCCCAGAACGGAAAUAAACUGGGGGUAUAUCGGGAACUAAAGAACGCUGACAACUUCUACCAAGGAAAGUUUCCAGAGGACUUCAUGUGGGGUGUCGCAACUGCCGCAUCUCAAAUCGAGGGAGGAAAACAUGAGGAUGGAAAAGGUGUCAGUUUAUUUGAUUAUGCUGUGGAGGAAGGAACGAAGAAUAAUCUGUUCCCCAAGGAGGACUGGCCAGACACGGCGUGUAAUAGUUAUACUAAUUUCCUGAGCGAUGUCAGUUUAUUGAUACAGUUAAAAGUAUCGCAUUAUCGCUUUUCAAUAUCCUGGAGUAGGAUUUUACCCCAUGGUUCAGCGAAUAAUGUAAAUCAGUUAGGAAUUGAAUAUUACAACAACUUGAUUGAUGCGUUGGUGGAUGCUGGUAUUGCUCCCGUGGUUACCAUGUACCACUCUGAUAUGCCGUUGGUUCUGUAUCAAUAUGGAGGAUGGACGAAUGAUAGCAUGGUGGACUCGUUUGAACAAUAUGCAAUGAUUCUGUUCCGUGAAUUUGGAGAUCGUGUAAAGCACUGGAUAACGGUUAAUGACCCCUACAGUGUUGUCUACUCCAGCCUGGAGUCCUACAAGGCGGCGCACAAUCUAAUCAGGGCCCAUGGAAGAGUCUACCGCCGCUACGAUAAAGAAUAUCGAGCAACACAAAAAGGAAAAAUUGGUAUAUCUUUCAAAAACGAUUGGUAUGAACCCAAACGACCAACACACCCUGGCGAUAUCGAUGCUCAGAAGAGAAGAAUGGAACACACUCUAGGACUGUUUGCUUAUCCAAUCUUGGUUAGUGGUGAUUAUUCACCAUACCUUAGAAAUAUGGUGGAGAAAAAUCUAUCUUUAGCUGGAAGCAUUAUUCCAUUGUUUACGGAUGUGGAGAAGCUUGAAAUUAAAGAGUCGGCUGAUUUCAUUGGACUUAACUUUUAUUCAACAUACUACAUAACCGGUUCCACCGAGAUUGAGAAAGAAUUUGAAAUUGACACAGAUUCAGUAAUCUCUGUCGACUCUUCUUGGACACAAACAGCAUUUGGAAAUUAUGGAUCUGCUCCAUAUGGUCUACGAAAAAUGUUAAACUGGAUAAAGGACAGUUACAAUAACAUCCCAGUUUAUGUCACGGAAAAUGGAUAUCCGGAUGAUACGGGCACUUUAAAUGAUCACGACAGGGCAUCUAUCCUUUUGCAAUAUAUAAAUGAAGUUCUAAAAGCUAUUAAAUUGGACGACUGCAAUGUUCAAGGAUAUACAGUAUGGUCAUUAAUGGAUAAUGUGGAUUGGACAUAUGGAACUAAAGCUAAGUUUGGACUGUACCAUGUAGAUUUCAGUGAUCCGAACCUGCCUAGAACACCAAAAUUAUCCGCAAAAGUUUACUCACAAAUAAUCAGACAGAACGGGCUGGUAAACAACAUAAGUGCUUUGAUUGAACAAAAACCAAAUCUUGGUAGCAAGGAGAACGAUCCCUAUCGGCAACUCCCAUUUGAAGAUGAAAUGUACUUGGGAACUUUCCCUAAAGGCUUUGCUUGGAGCUCUGCAACAGCCGCUUAUCAAGUUGAAGGUGCUUGGAAUGAAGACGGAAAGGGACCGAGUAUCUGGGAUACCUUCUCACAUAAUGGACAACAUAUCGACAAUAUGGAUACUGGUGAUGUUGCAUGCAAUAGCUAUCAUAAAUACCUAGAUGACAUUCAACUUAUUAAGAAUUUGAAGACAAGUCACUAUAGAUUUUCCAUUUCCUGGCCACGAAUUUUACCCCAAGGAACUAUCAGUUCCGUAAACCGUCUUGGUAUUGAUUAUUAUAAUGCCUUGAUUGACGCUCUAAUGGAUGCCGGUAUUGUUCCUAUGGUUACUCUAUAUCAUUGGGACCUCCCUCAAGCUUUGAUGAAAAAUGGCGGGUGGCAGGAUGAAAAAACUGUAGAUCAUUUUGCCGAGUACGCCAGACUUUGCUUUACGUAUUUUGGUGAUCGGGUCAAGUAUUGGAUAACUUUCAAUGAACCGUGGGUAGUAUCGCAUCUUGGAUAUGAAACAGGGGAAAUGGCACCUGGAAUUAAAGGGAAAGGUGAUGCAACCUAUAAUGUUGGGCAUAAUUUGAUAAAAGCACAUGCGAAGACCUACAGAUUAUACGAGCAGGAAUUCAAAACCAUUCAAAGAGGUGAAGUUGGGAUAACCUUGAACACAGAAUGGGUUUUCCCUAAAAACGUCAGUGAUCCUCGUGACAUAGCUGCCUCUGAAAGAGCCAUCAAUUUUGAGUUUGGCUGGUUCCUUAAUCCAGUUAUAAAUGGAGAUUAUCCAGAAGUCAUGAAACAGCAGGUCGACAGAAAAAGCAGGAGUCAGAAUUUUAACAAGAGUCGGCUGCCCAUAUUCUCCGAGAAAGAGAAAACUUUCAUAAGAGGUACUUUUGAUUUUAUUGGGAUGAAUUUCUAUUCCUCGAGUAUUGGUACAUACAGAGAGGCGACAGAUCAGAGCUAUUACGGAGACCAGGACGUGGAGAUGUUUAAAGAUCCUUCUUGGCUAGGAUCAGGAUCUUCAUGGUUGAAAGUAACUCCGGUCGGAAUUCGGCGUAUGCUGAAUUGGGUGAAGUACACAUAUGGAGAUAUUCCAAUUUACAUCACAGAAAAUGGAGUAUCGGAUAGAAAUGGAUCCUUACAAGAUGAACACAGAAUUUCCUAUUACAAACAAUAUAUCAAUAACGUUCUGAAGGCAAUACGUUUAGAUGAUGUAAAUGUAAAAGGGUACACAGCGUGGUCACUCAUGGACAACUUUGAAUGGGCAAGAGGGUAUGCAGAACGUUUUGGUCUUCAUUAUGUUGAUUUCAAUGAUCCUGAAAGACCAAGAAUUCCCAAGGCCAGUGCCUUAUACUACACGAAAAUCAUUACUGACAAUGGAUUUGUAAAUGACGAGGCGCCCACGACGGAACGUUCCCCCACAUCAUUCCCUGAAAACAAUCCUUAUCGGAAACUGAGCUAUGAAACUGACAUGUUAUAUGGAAGGUUCCCCGCAGAUUUCGCUUGGAGUUCGGCUACGGCCUCAUAUCAGAUAGAAGGGGCAUGGAAUGAAGAUGGAAAGGGUCCCGGGAUCUGGGACGUGUUUUCACACCAGCCUGGUAAUGUGGACAAUAAUGACACAGGUGAUGUAGCGUGUGACAGUUACCAUAACUAUAUGAAAGAUGUGCAACUCAUCAAGAACUUAAAGACCACUCAUUACAGACUGUCGAUCUCUUGGCCAAGAAUUCUCCCAGACGGAACAACAAAAACCAUCAAUCGUCUUGGUAUUCAGUAUUAUAAUAACUUGAUUGACGCGCUUGUAGACGCGGGAAUUGUUCCUAUGGUUACUCUUUAUCACUGGGAUCUUCCACAAGCAUUGAUGCAGUACGGAGGAUGGCAAGGCGAGAAGACGGCAGAUCUCUUCGCGGAGUACGCCAGACUUUGCUUCACAGUGUUUGGAGACAGGGUUAAAUUUUGGAUCACACUGAACGAGCCCUUCGUCGUAUCCAACCAUGGUUAUGAAAUUGGGGUGAUGGCACCAGGACUUACGGGAAAGGGGGAUCGAAUCUACGCCGCAGGACACAAUCUUAUCAAAGCACAUGCAAAGGCAUAUAGAAUCUACGAAAAAGAUUUCAAGAAUACUCAGAAGGGAAUAAUUGGUAUUACCAUGAACACGGAUUGGCAGGUUCCCAAAAAUCCAUCUGAUCCUAAAGAUCUGGCGGCAUCUGAUCGUGCCAUUAAUUUCAUGUUCGGUUGGUUCCUUAAUCCUGUUAUGAGGGGAGAUUAUCCCCAGGUGAUGAGAGAUCAAGUGGACAGGAAAAGCCAAGAACAGGGAUACACCACAAGCAGGCUUCCUGUUUUUACACCCAAUGAAAAGUUAUAUAUAAAAGGAACAUACGAUUUUCUUGGAAUGAACUUCUACACUUCGAACCUUGUGCGUGGUAUUAACGCCACAGUUCAGAGUUAUGUUGGUGACCAGGAUGCAGAGUUUACAAAAGAUCCUAAAUGGCUAGGAUCUGGUUCGGAUUGGUUAAAAGUGACACCUGUCGGUAUUCGGCGUAUGCUGAACUGGGUGAAAUAUACAUACGGGGAUUUCCCAAUUUACAUCACGGAAAAUGGAGUGUCUGAUCGAAAUGGAUCUCUACAGGACGAACAUAGAAUAUUCUAUUACAAACAUUACAUCAAUAAUGUAUUCAAAGCUAUACAAUUGGAUGGUGUUAACGUAAAGGGAUACACUGCAUGGUCUUUGAUGGAUAAUUUUGAAUGGGCGCGAGGCUAUUCGGAACGCUUUGGACUACAUUAUGUUGACUUUACUAAUCCUCAAAGGCCUCGAACUCCGAAAGCAAGUGCACGUUACUUCACAAAGCUCAUAACAGACAAUGGUUUUGUACAGGAAGCCCCAUCUUCUCCAAGCACUACCUCAACAACUAAUACACAGAGACCCACAGUGAACAUUUGUAAACCGGAAUCAUCGGGUUCACCUUCCAUUAGUGCUUUUGUUUCUUUAAUGAUAAGCAUGUUAGCAAUUUUAUGUUUCAUAACGAAGCAUGAAGUAUAAUGUACUUGAAUAAUUGCUGUAGUUAGAUAUUUUGAAAAUAAUCAAAAGUAGCCCUUUGGUUUUCUGCAGAAUUUUGAAGUGGGGUAGUUUAAAAAGCAUAAGGAUACGUCCUGAGUUUGUUGUAUAUGUAACAAUACCAAUAUUACAUUCUUCUUGUGAAUGUUUUCUUUACACUCUAUGUGCUUGUUCCUGUAUUACGUAAAUGUAAAAUUAAAAUAUUUUGAAAAUCUA